AUGUCUACCAAACCACCACUCAACAAGUCUUCCCCAAUUUACUGGAUCCUCGACUGGGAUGGCACCAUCACCAAGAAAGAUACACUAGAUGCCCUCGUCAACAUAUCCGCCGCCACAAAACCAAACUUCCCUACCCAUGACCACUGGAACAGUGUAUCGAAGGCAUACAUGGACGACUACACGGCUACCCUGGCCCAACUCGCUCCUAAUGGUACACUACCCAGCACAGUCUCGGCAGAGAAACACCUCCUCGCCCAAAUGAGAGCUGUGGAACAACGCAGUCUUGAUCGCGUAUCUUCUUCCGGUAUUUUUGCUGGCUUGACAAGAGAUGCGAUCGACGCCGGCGCAAAACAAGCUGUACAUUCACGUGCUGUAGAGCUACGAACUGGGUUCGAGGGUUUCUUCAGACAUAUCCAGCACGACCGCAAGAAGGAUGGAUUCAUGCUUCUCAGUGUCAACUGGUCUCGCACAUUCAUCCAGUCUUGCCUGGGUGCAGCGGAUAUCGUUGAUGUGCCUACCUCUUCCGUCAUGGCGAAUGAACUGGAUAACAUUGAGGCUGGAGAGCCAUCCACCGGUAUAAUCAUCUCGACUAUCCAUGAUGACGCACGUAUCAUCAUGUCGAGCGGCGAUAAGCUGGAGAAGAUGAAGCACAUCCAAUUCAAAGGCCAAACCGUGUACGUGGGUGAUAGCUGGACAGACAUCGAAUGCUUGCUCGCAGCUGACUUGGGGAUUUGUAUCCGAGAUGAACCCAUGGGGAGCUCACAAAGGAAACUCGCAGAAUCGUUGACGAGGCUGGGGGUCUCAUGUCUGCAUUUGAGCGACUACAAAGAGGCUGAUGAGUGGGGAGUUGUAUGGGCGAGAGACUUUGUGGAGAUUCAAGAUUGGAUUGCUAGCAAGUCAACGUAG